AAAAUGAGCGACUCCAGUCAGCCCAAAUUGGAACUUUUCGUCAAGGCCGGGAGUGAUGGCCAGAGUAUUGGCAACUGUCCCUUCUCUCAGCGUCUCUUCAUGGUGUUGUGGCUAAAAGGAGUCACGUUUGAUGUUACCACAGUGGACAUGAAGAGAAAGCCGGAGAUCUUGAAGGACCUGGCUCCGGGCGCCCAGCCGCCUUUCCUCUUGUACGGCAACGAAGUGAAAACUGACACCAACAAGAUCGAGGAGUUCCUGGAGGAUUCUCUCUGCCCCCCAAGGUAUCCUCGUCUGGCAGCUCGUAACCCCGAGUCCAAUACAGCGGGGAUGGAUGUCUUCUCAAAGUUCUCGGCUUACAUCAAGAACUCCAACCCUCAGACAAAUGAAAAUCUGGAGAAAGGGCUUCUGAAAGCUCUCAAGAAACUAGACGACUACCUCGGCUCUCCACUUCCUGACGAAAUCGACGAAAAUAGCGCGGAUGAAGUCACUUCCUCCUCCCGCCCCUUCCUGGACGGGCAAGAACUUACACUUGCUGAUUGCAACUUGCUUCCAAAGCUCCAUAUUGUCAAGGUUGUGUGUUUAAAGUACCGUAAAUUCAGCAUCCCUCAAGCUCUGUCCCACCUGUGGCGGUACCUGAACGCAGCGUACGCCCGAGAGGAGUUUGCCUCCACCUGCCCCAUCGAUGACGAGAUCCACAUGGCUUAUUCUUCUGUGGCCAAAUUUCUCAAGUAG